AACUACAAGUACCGCUGCCUCUGCGCUCCGAGCCCCACACAGCAGAGCCAGACAACACCGUGAGUUCUGAGAUGAAGACGUUUCUCCUACAGCUGUCCAUGGUCUGUGCUGCCGCGGUCUUCAGAGUAGCCUCACCGCUAGUCAUCACAGGGGGUUGCCGAAGCGACUACGAAUGCAUCGCGAACAAGGGCGAGAACUGGUGCUGCGCGCGGUGGAACCUGGGCUCGGGCAUCGCCGUGUGCAAGCCCAGGGGGCGCAUGGACGACGAGUGCCACAUCUCCAGCAACCUGAUGCCGUACCCUCUGGACGCACCUCGGGCCUUCUGGCGCUGUCCCUGCGGCCCGGACCUCGGCUGCACCGCCACGGAAACCGCGAAGAUCGGCCACUGCACCACGUUUGACAACCUCCCCAUGAAGAGAGGCAUGGACAUGGAAUGAGAGAUGUGAAAAUUCAGCGCAAUUCUCAGACGAUACACCGCAAUAGCUCUCGAUUUUCUCAAUCACUGCAAAAAAAUCCUACCUUAAGCACAGAUUAAAUCAUGCGUAAAGAAACAGACAACUGAAGAAAAGGAAACUUUACGUAUGAUUUAAACAGUGCCUAAAGAAUGUAUUUUUUUGCGGUGCAAUGUUGCUCUAAUUUUCGCUUUCCUGAUCACAGCUUUGUUACACAUUGAACAAAUGUUGCUCUCACAAAAUAUCUAGUGGCAAAAAUCGGUCACUAGUUGUGGAUGCGGAAGAUACAUUUUGAACUGUAGAAUAGUCCAGUUACUGAUAAUUUUUUCGACCCAAAUGAAAUGUUAUCAAAGAAUUCGCACACUGGUUGUGCCCGACUACUGCACUGCUGUCGUGCAAAGUAGCUGGUGAAAUUCGGGCGAUGUGCCUUUUAGAGUACCUCCUACUUAGACCUGGUUCCCUCACUUCAUAUUGGAACUGAAUAAUGAAGAAUAAAGACUAAGA